AAGACCACCACAUUCAUUCGUGAUUGUUGGUGACAUGGACAGCGACACCAAGCCCAGCGUACCCGUGACGAUCCUCACAGGGUUCCUCGGCGCAGGCAAGACGACGCUGCUCAACUACAUCCUGACCCAGAACCAUGGCAAGCGCAUUGCUGUGAUCGAGAACGAGUUUGGCGAAGAGAUUGGCGUGGAGAGUCUCAUUGCGCGCGACGGGGCCGAGGGCGACGCCUUUGCAGACUUUUACGAAUUGAGCAACGGGUGCAUCUGCUGCUCUGUCCGUGAUGAUUUGGUGUCGACGCUGGAAGAGCUGUUGACUCGACGAGAUCGGUUCGACUACGUGUUGGUGGAAACGACGGGAAUGGCGGACCCUGGGAAGCUGGCGUCCAUCUUUUGGGUGGACAGCGAACUGGAAGGCCGCAUCACGCUGGACGGCAUAGUGACGUUGGUCGAUGCCAAGAACAUUGCGUGGCACUUGGAGCAGCAAACAAACGAAGUGUUGUCUCAAAUCGCGUACGCAGAUCGCAUUCUCGUCAACAAAGCCGACCUCAUGCCCGACGCAGACGAUCGGCGGCGACUGGAAGGGCAACUGAAUGCCAUGAAUGCGUUGGCUCCUUGCAUCUGGACAGAACGGUCCAACAUUGACUUGGAUGCAAUUCUGAACAUCAACGCGUUUUCGAGCGACCGGGCUAUCGCCGUCAUGAACGAACACAACGCCACCGAGAAACCAUUUACCCACACAGCCAACGUUACAAGCACAUGCGUGAGCCGCGUGCUUCCGUUGAGCGUGCGGGGGUUGGAGUACUGGAUUGGCUCCCUCUUGUGGGAAGACGCGACGGACGACCGCCGGAUCUUCCGCAUCAAAGGCGUCGUGGCCAUUGAAAACGACGACCGCAAGUUUAUUUUGCAAGGGGUUCAGGACCUAUUCGACGUGUCUCCCAGUGAAAAGUGGUUGCCCGAUGAACCACGUACCACAAAGCUUGUGUUUAUCGGCCUUGGUCUUGACUCGAACGCGUUGCAGCAAGGGUUGGAUGAGGCGGGUGCUACUUAAUACUGCUAGUACUACACGAGAAGGAUAGAUACAGUACUAGGGGAUGUAUACUUUAAUAGAAGUAAGUGGCUUUA